AGUCGAAUGGUCAACAGCUGACACCCCUAAAAAUGUUUUGUAUAAAAGAGAAGUAGUACUCUUCCUUGGUUUAUUUAGUUUUUUCUUGACAGUGCUGUAAAAUGAUGCCAAUAAAAGAUAAUCAAGAUGUGGCUUGUUUUUUCUGCACAAAACACACCACGUGGAAGGGAAAAUAUAAAAGAAUAUUUUCCGUUGGAACUAUGGGCAUUACAACCUACAAUCCAUCCAACUUAGAAGUAACAAAUAGAUGGGCAUACAAUGAUUUUAUAUCAGUUCAGCCAAUUAAAGGAGGAGUCCCUUAUGAGUUUCAAAUUACAAUGAAAAAAGAGAGGAAAGUAGAUAAAAUGACAUUCUCUACUGAACACAGAACACAUCUUUUGACGGAAGCCUUGAAAUUUAGGAAUUUUUUUCUAGAAAGACCUAAAGAAGUCCUGCGCUAUCAAGCUUAUAAGCAUCACUGGUCGGACAUAAGGCUUCCUGUAAUAUUAGAAGUAACACCGUAUUCCCUCGAUCAGUUAGAUCCAGCUACAAAUAAAGUUUUAGCCAGUUAUAAUUUUAAAGAUUUUGAGGGAAUUUGUACAGUAUCUGAUUACCCAGGAGGAUUUGUUAUUGUUUGUGGUGGUUUUGGUAGACUUCAUUUGUUCCAAGCUGUGGAUUUCGAAGAUAUUAAAAUAAAGAUUCUGGAAUCAGCUACCGUUAAUAUAGGAAUGAAUAUUAAAGUCUUGAGCACACCAAUUAAACUAGAGGAUUUUCAGUGUCAACGUUUCGGAAAGUUUAGCGAUGAUGAGUUUGUUACAUCCGUCUCUGAAUUUGCGGUCUAUAAAAUUCACAAGGCGAGACACUCGGAACCCGUUAGAAGAACGUUAUGCCUUUCUGAACACUGCCUCCUCGAAAGGGAUCCACAGACUUACAGUAUCUGUACUCUUCAGCCUUUGAACAAUAUUUUUGCUUUAAUUCGUGAUAACGAUAACCCUCAACUUUUCAGUAUUCAGUAUUUCAGUGGGCAAGUUAGGACUUACACUACUACAGAUAGGGAUUCAUUGUUAGCCUCCUUACUAGAUGGCGUUAGAGCAGCUGGCAAUAAAGACGUACAUGUCACUAUGGUUCCUACAGAAAGGGGUCUCAGGUUGGGACCCCUCUACUUGCCAGUUGAAGAGGAAGCAGAAAGCUUACAUUUGAAGCUUCUGUUGAACCCACCAGCCACAAAACCUUUCUCGCAGUGUGUAAGGAGGUUUAACGCUAACGUACCCUACAGUGGACUUUUAUACAGCAUUACACAAGAAGGAAUUUUUUCCGAAAAUAAAGAGAAGCUUAUAACUGGAGUGUUGCAGUCGUUAGUAUCCAAAGAAGGUGAUCAGAAAACUAUAACCACAAUGGAAUUAGAAGCCCAGUUUCAUGCUCUUAGACGAUUAGCUGCUAGUAAAGUCGGUUAUGCUUGUUUCACAAAACUACCCGGUUUUAGGGAAGCAAUAGGCCUUAAGGUCGUUUCAGCUUUGAAACGAAAUGAUUACGCCGUUACACAAGCAGCCAUAGAUAUGAUUUGUGCAUUGAUGCACCCCAUGCACGACGACUAUGAUUUAAGACAGGAACAACUAAAUAAAUCAUCGUUAUUACAAACUAAACCAUUUUUGGAGAGUUUGCUUAACAUGUGGACAACCCAUAUAGCACAAGGAACAGGUGCACUAAUAGUUUCAGCCAUGUUAGACUUUUUAACCUUUUCCCUUUGCGUACCUUACAGCGAGACAACUGAUGGUAAACACUUCGAUACACUUUUAGAAAUGGUCUCGGAUAGAGGCAGGAUGCUCUUCAGAUUAUUUCAGCAUCCCUCGAUGGCGAUCGUAAAAGGCGCUGGUCUCGUCAUGCGAUCCAUUAUCGAAGAGGGAGAGACUGACGUAGCCGAGAAGAUGCAGAAUUUAGCUCUUGCGGAAGGUGCUCUGCCGAGACAUCUGCUUGCUGCCUUAUACACUCAAGGAACCGACGGGAGACUGCUUACUCACAGGCAGUUAUCCAGGCAUCUAAUAGGGCUUUGGGUUACUGGAAAUCCAACUGCGAUGAACCUGCUUAAAAGAAUAAUGCCAACCGGACUUAUAGCUUUUUUGGAUUCGAGCGAUGAGAUUCCCAAAGAAGCCUUAGAGCAGGAAAUGUUAAACCACAGAAAUAACCUAAAACUAGCGCAAGAGCACGCCAAUAAAGAAAAGAAGAAUCCGAAUUGGGCCGCGUUGGAAAGGCAGAUCAAAAUGGUGGAAAAGAGGGUGGAGCACUACACCAAUUUGGCCAUGCAGCAUUGGGGUGCUAGGGUGGGGAUUCAGUUAAAGAGGGAAGAGAAAAUAAAGGAGCGGCCUAUAGUAUUAAGGAGGAGACGAGAGAGGAAAAAGGCUGAAUCGAAUUGGUCCCUGUUUUAUUGGAACUUCAACCAGGAUCAUGCCCUUCCCAACUUAAUAUGGAACCAUAAAACCCGGGAGGAACUAAGAAGUGCCUUAGACACUGAAGUGAGAAACUUCUCAUCGGACAGAGAAUUGGCGGGAUCUGCUUUGGUCGCUUGGAACCACCAAGAAUUCGAACUUAAUUAUGCUUGCCUUGCCGAUGAAGUAAAGAUUGGUGAUUAUUAUUUAAGACUGUUACUAGAGUUGGACGUCAAUAAUGACGAUUCGCCCAUAAGAAGAUCGUACGAGUUCUUCAACGAUUUGUAUCACAGGUUUCUGCUAACAAAUAAAGUUGAAAUGAAAUGCAUGUGUCUUCAAGCAAUGUCAAUUGUAUAUGGAAGGUAUUACGAAGAUAUCGGUCCUUUUAGCGACACUAAAUAUAUCGUAGGGAUGUUGGAAAGGUGUGUGGAUAAACAAGAAAGGGAUAGACUGGUGAUGUUCAUCAACAAACUCAUCCUGCACCGUCGCAACGUCAGGGAUGUACUAGAUAUGGGAGGUAUUCAGAUAUUAGUGGAUCUUAUGACCCUUGCACAUCUGCACACUUCGAGGGCUGUAAUUCCGACGCAGACUAAUGUCAUCGAAGCUGGACCAGGAAUGAAAAUUGUCCAAGAGAAAGAAUGGUACUACAAUACUGACAAAGGUAGAGAAGGGCCCGUCAGUUUUAAUGAGUUGAAGGAGUUGUUUGAAAAAGGACUAAUAAAUCACAAAACCCGAUGUUGGGCUAUGGCUUUACCGGGAUGGCGUGCCUUAUCACAACUACCUCAACUGAAAUGGUGUCUGCUAGCUAAAGGCUCACCCGUCUUGAACGAAAGUGAACUCGCUACGUACAUCCUAAACAUCCUCAUUCGGAUGUGCAAGUACUUCCCUAGCAGAGACGUGGAUAACGCUAUUAUAAGACCUCUACCAAAAGUAAAGAGACUUCUCUCGGAGCAGCCAGUGCUGUCACACGUAGUUCAGUUACUGUUAACCUUUGACCCCAUCCUCGUAGAAAAAGUGGCGAUUCUGUUGUGUGAGGUGAUGAAAGACAAUCCGGAAAUGUCCAAGUUGUACACAACGGGGGUAUUCUAUUUCAUUAUGAUGUACACCGGCAGCAACGUUUUGCCUAUCGCUAGGUUUUUGCAGUUGACACAUAUGAAGCAAGCUUUCAAAACGGAUGAGAAUACCACAUCUCAGAUUAUGCAGAGAAGUAUUCUUGGAAGGCUUUUGCCAGAGGCUAUGGUUAAUUAUUUAGAAAACCAUGGGGCGGAAAAGUUUGCACAAAUAUAUUUGGGUGAAUUCGACACACCAGAAGCAAUAUGGAAUUCUGAAAUGAGGCGAAUGCUUAUAGAGAAAGUUGCGGCACACAUAGCUGACUUUACACCAAGGUUGCGCAGCCAUACGAUGGCUAGGUAUCACUACAUACCCAUACCAGCUGUGCGGUAUCCCCAACUCGAGCGCGAACUCUUCUGCAAUAUCUUCUAUCUGCGUCAUCUUUGUGAUACUUCCAAAUUUCCUGAUUGGCCCAUUCCUGAUCCUGUCAAACUAUUACGGGAUGUAUUAGAAGCGUGGAGGUCGGAGGUUGAAAAGAAACCUUCCCUGAUGACCGUCGAAGAAGCCUACAACAGUUUGGGGCUGGACGGAGGAACUCAGCACGAUGAGUCGACCAUCAGAAAGGCUUAUUAUAAACUUGCGCAGCAAUACCAUCCGGACAAAAAUCCCGAUGGGAGAGAAAUGUUUGAAACAGUUAAUCAAGCUUACGAGUUUCUAUGCAGCAGAAGUAGUUGGACCAGUGACGGGCCUAAUCCACAUAAUAUUGUUCUUGUAUUACGAACCCAAAGUAUUUUAUUCCAUAGGUAUUCGGAAGAACUGCAGCCUUAUAAAUAUGCCGGAUACCCACAACUUAUAAAAACAAUCAGAAUCGAAACAGACGACGACCAAUUAUUCUCUAAGAACGCACCACUAUUAUCGGCUGCCUGCGAGUUAGCUUACCACACCGUUCAUUGUUCUGCACUGAACGCAGAAGAACUGAGAAGAGAAAAUGGACUAGAAGUUUUACUUGAGGCCUACACAAGAUGCGUGAAUGUUCUGAAUAACUCUUCCAAAUCCACCGAAACGCCCGUGCAGGUUUGCAUGCAUGUGACGAGAUGUUUUAGUGUCGCUGCACAGUUCUCGGGCUGCAGGGAACGGAUGGUGGACCUGAAGCAACUUGUAAAGGACUUAUGUCGGAUACUUUACUUUAAACAUUUAACAAAACUGUGCUCAGUUGCGACGGAGUGUGUCACGGCAUUGUCUGUAGAUUCGAUCCUCCAACUAGAACUUCUAAAGGCUGGCGCCCUCUGGCAUUUGCUUCUGUAUAUGUUCCAAUAUGACUACACCUUAGACGAAGGUGGUGUAGAGAGAACGGAGGAGGCGAAUCAGCAGGAAAUAAGCAAUAGGUUGGCCAAGGAAUCCGUGAAAGGAUGUGCAGCUCUAGGGGGGUAUAUUUCUGGAGAAAAUGCGCCUUCGUAUAAUAAUUUAACCAGGGGCAUCUUGGAGGUGUUACUGACACCUUAUUUAGCGGAUCAGCUGGGAAAAGAUAAUCCAGAGGAAAUAUUAAAAGUAUUGAACAGCAAUAGUGAAACUCCUUAUUUGGUGUGGGAUAAUAGUACUAGGGCUGAACUAAUAGACUUCUUGGAAACGCAGAGAAGCGGUAGGGAUGAAAUCGACGUUAAUGUGGCGAACGAUUUUAAGUAUUCAGCACACUCUGGAGAAUUAAGGAUAGGUGGUAUAUUCAUCAGAAUUUAUAAUCAGCAGCCGACGUACCCCAUUCAAAAUCCGAAGAAUUUCACCAUAGAUCUGUUAAACUUCCUCAAAGAGCAAUCCGAAUACCUUCUAAACUUAGUGAACAUAGCUUAUUCCGUGACAAUAGAAGAUAGACUAAAAAAUUCUGUGAUGGCCUUAGACGCCCUAACCAAUGUGAUAAGGAAUAAUACAGGUGUCGAAAUGCAGUGCAUCGGACAUUUCACACUUCUGUUCAGUUUGCUAAACGUUAGCCACAUCCCCAUACAAAAAGGAGCACUAAGUGUCAUCUCGGUGGUGACGAGAAACAAUGAAUGUAUCAAUGACAUAGCGGCCAGCGAUGUGCUGGGUUAUCUUUUACUGGUUUUGUACACCAUCCAGGAUUCCCAACCGCAGAUAUUAGAUACCCUGUAUGCGUUAAUGGCUACCACGAAGAUUGUUAAGGAAGCCCUGAAUAAGGGCGCUGUUAUAUAUCUAUUGGAUUUGUUCUGUAAUUCGACCAGCCAAAAUGUGAGGCAGACUUGUGCCGAGCUAUUGGCACGUAUGAGUUUGGAUAAGUUGGUAGGGCCCAAAGUUAGGUUGGCCCUGGGCGUAUUCCUUCCUCCGAUAUUCGCCGAUGCUAUGAGAGACAGUCCAGAGACUUCCGUUAUGAUGUUUGAGUCGGCUCACGAGCAUCCCGAACUCAUUUGGGAUCAGGAGGCCAAGGACAGGGUCUGCACGGUUGUGGCUAGGUUAAGACGAGAGCAUCAAGCAGCUCAAAGCUUAAAUCCUGGUAUUAAUUGGAAAAUGCCCGACACUAACGGCGUCACUACCAUCGCGUCUCCCAAUGAAAUUGUUGUAGCCGGGGUAUAUCUUCGAAUAUUCAUAGCAAAUCCUGGAUGGACCUUGAGGAAACCCAAGGAGUUCCUUUCGGAACUCAUGGAGACUUGUCUCACCUUAAUGACCAAAGAGAAGCCAAACAUCGAUAUGUUGGAGUUGAGCACGACUGCUUUGUGUGCCCUCCUCCAAGCGCAACCCGCUCUGUUGGAUCUAAUCCCUUCGAUGGGACACAUACCUCGACUGUGUAGACAGAUGGGAUCCAAUGUUCGUCAAGUAGCAGUUCCUAAAUCGGCAAUUUGUAUAUUAAAUUCUCUCUCUAUGAGCAAUAUAUGCGUGACAGCCAUCGCUCAGACGGACUGCAUGCACUCGCUGAAACAGGCCAUGCAGGUUCGCAAGGAUAUGGUAGCUGUCGCCUGUGAAGCUUUAAAUCGAUUAUUCUCGAAUAAUCAAGACCAGCUUGUCAAACAGGCGCUCGACGUUGAUUUUGUGCAAUUCCUACUGAAUCUUCUAGAGGGUAGGUUGGAACUAAUCGAGAACCCUGCCAUGACUAAGGCGCAGAUCGUGAAGGCUCUGAAGUCCAUGACUCGUAGUCUCCUUUAUGGCGACAAGGUGACUUCCAUACUGGAUAAAAGUACUGUGUGGUCGGAGUAUAAGGAUCAGAAGCACGACUUGUUUAUAUCUAGUACAAACAUCUCAGGAUACCUUACAGCUGGGACACCUACCACUGCCGGGUAUUUAACUCAGGGGCCCAGUGCCAAGGUAAAUCUAGCACCACCUCCAGUGGAUAAAGAAGAUCCUCUAAUGAGGUCCGAUGGCCUUUGAUUUACUAUUCAACCAUGAUUAUGGUUACAUUUAAGUGUGAUAAAAAAACUUGCGCACCAGACUUACUAAGUGAUCGUUUAGUGAAUGAACACAUUCCUAAGUUCUUUCAAGCAAUAGACUUUUAUAAUUACGGUGUGUCUUAAUGUAAAGAAUGUAUAAAAAGGAUGUAUAUUAAUGUUAAUUUAAGAAUAAAUAAGGAUACUUUGUAUGCUUUGUCAUGGAUAUUCUUGAUGCUUUAUUUACAGAUAUAUAUUUUUUAUCAUAAUUAGAUUAAUAAUUAUAAUUAAUUACUUUGUUUCCUAAUACAUUUUAGAGUUUGUACAAUA